AUGACCGAAAGUCAAUAUGCACCGUUGACGCAAGCAGUGGUGCGAACGCUGACAGAUAAAUUGUAUGAGAAACGAAAAGCGGCUGCGUUGGAUAUCGAGAAGUUUGUUUUUGAUUUUCUUUUAUUGUUUCUAAUUAUUAUUGUUUAUUUUCGUUGUUAUGUGCUAUUGUUAGUAUUAUUAUUAUAG